AUGAACGAAUAUGUGGUUUACGGUGUUAAGUAUGUUGGAAUGAACAUACGUAGCUCAUCGCACGUCGUGCAGCAGUUGAGUACGCUGGGGCGGCGGCACCGGCAGGCUGUCGCCGACGGCGGCCAGCUCGCGGGGCUCACAACUCAGCCGCGAGGUGCGAGCGCAGAUCGAAAGUUCGACGCGAGAUCGAGCGCGCAUAUGUAA